CAAAAUAAGAAAAAGAAGAAAGACAACUCUGUAGAAGAUUUGUGAAAAUAAAUUGUGUCGACAAAAUGCAAUUCGAAGAAGCUGUCAGUCAGUUUCAGACUCUUUUAUCGAAUGUUAGACAGACAGACAUUGAAAAGUUUCUAAUAUGGUCCAAACAAACCAUAAGUGGUCUAUUGGAGGAUAUGAGUGAAGGAGACAAUGCUGAUGUUGUGAUGAAUAGUAUAAGAGAAGGUAUACGCCAGAGCUUGCCUAUUGAAGGAAUGACGAAAACAGAACAUGUUGUCACCCCUAAACAUGGUCCUAAUGCGGACUGCAACCCUGCUACUACAGUACAUGUUGAUGCGUUCCUGUAUGAUGAAGACACAAUAGAUGAGAUGGUUGAGGAAGGAACAAUGUCAAGAAAUUACUGUGUAAACUGUUUGUCAAAGCAAGUGAAACCACUCACAUUUAUCACACAUUCUGCCUCACUACCCCAAAUAAAGUUUAUGUUCCAGUACUUGCUGGAGGAUCUAAGAAACAAGACUGUAUUAGAUGUAGGUUCUAGAACUGGGGCUGUUCUGUAUGGAGCCUAUCUGUACAGUGAGGUAAACAGUUUAGUAGGUGUAGAGCUGGAUCCUACAUUCUGUGAGUUACAGAACAAAGUUAUACAGCAGUUUAACAUGACAGAUAGGAUAAAGAUAAUCCACAGUGACAUACUGCAGCAAGUGGAACUAUUGCAGAAUAGUGAUGUUGUUAUCCUGAACAACGUGUUUGAAUUCUUCAUGGAUGACGAUCAGCAGUUGAAGUUAUGGAGUUGUAUGUGUCAGCACAUAAGGAAGAAAGAUACUGUGAUCAUAACCAUACCUAGUAUAGAGGAAUCCCUCUCAAACUUACAGGCACCAAUUGAUAUAACAAGUUGGCUGAAACCUAUAGACAUCAGUCAUUUGAAAGAACAAGCUGUGCUGAAAUAUUUUAACAAUCCUGAAGACUCGGAUCUUGAUGAUAUACAUAUGUACCAAGUUUUAUUAUAAAUAGUAACAAAUGCA